UCAAUCUCAGCACUCACGAAAAAAAUUCUGUCAAGGACUGGGGAAGACAUAUGGCCCCCGAUAUUAGAGUAUAUCUCAGUCCUGGUAUGAACACACGCACCCUAUCGCGGUCAAACACCGCCCAAGCACCAGCGCAAUCAAUACAACUAUAUGUACAUACGGUAUACAUCGACCUUACGAUGAAAAUCGCCAACAGCGCGCGGGAGCUCUGCACAGAGUCACUCUGGACACGCUUCGCAGAGACCGCACUCAAGUUUGUGCACUUGCAGUGGGUUGAGAUCUGGCGCGAAUGGGACUCGCACGAAGAUGAUAUCUCCGAGUCUUUGGGUAUCACCGAUGCGGCGUUCAACCCGCUCAUGGAGGCGAGGAAGUUCCGAAGUCGGUUCGUUGACGAUUUGUGGCCUACGGUAGUAGUGGCAGAUACGGCUACACCAACAUUCAUAGAGUCUAGCUCGUCGGAUGAAGAGUCUAGCAGUGAGGCAUGACGUUGUGUGGCGGCUUACUCUAGUAUCUCGCACUGUAUAUCUAUGCUGGCCAAUUUCUGCCAAACAGCUGCUUGUAGAUGAUACGGAAAGGGAUC